CGUGUUGCUUACGGCUAUAUAUCAGAAAAGAUUUCCAGCUCAUGAUCUGGGUGCUGCUGCUGAUUUUCCAAUGAAGUACAUCCUGGUUACCGGUGGUGUCAUCUCAGGCAUUGGAAAAGGGAUCAUUGCAAGCAGCAUUGGCACCAUACUGAAAUCAUGUGGUCUCCGUGUCACUGCAAUCAAAAUCGAUCCUUAUAUAAACAUAGAUGCUGGAACCUUCUCGCCGUAUGAACAUGGUGAAGUUUUUGUGCUGAAUGAUGGUGGAGAAGUUGACUUAGAUUUGGGAAAUUAUGAGAGAUUCUUGGACAUUAGUCUGUAUAAAGAUAACAACAUCACCACUGGGAAGAUAUAUCAACAUGUCAUCAAUAAAGAAAGACAUGGUGAUUACCUGGGAAAAACUGUGCAAGUUGUUCCACACAUCACUGAUGCGGUUCAGGAAUGGGUAAUGAAUCAGGCAAAAGUUCCCGUGGAUGAUGACAGAAAAGAGCCACAGAUAUGUGUUAUUGAGCUGGGUGGAACUAUUGGGGACAUUGAAGGAAUGCCCUUUGUUGAAGCAUUUAGACAGUUCCAGUUCAAAGCAAAGAGAGAUAACUUCUGUAAUAUCCAUGUUAGUCUAGUACCACAGCCUAAUGCCACUGGUGAGCAGAAGACCAAACCAACACAGAACAGUGUCCGAGCACUGAGGGGCUUAGGUUUAUCUCCAGAUUUGAUUGUCUGCAGAAGUGCUAAGCCUAUAGAAAUGGCAGUGAAGGAAAAGAUCUCCAUGUUUUGCCAUGUGGAGCCUGAACAGGUGAUAUUUAUCCACGAUGUUUCUUCCACUUACCGAGUACCAAUCCUGCUGGAGGAACAAGGCAUCAUCAAGUAUUUUAAACAGCGGUUAAAUUUGCCUAUUGAUGACCAGCCAAGUGAUCUCUUAAUGAAAUGGAAAAAAAUGGCUGACAGAUAUGAAAGAUUGCUAAAGGUGUGUUCCAUAGCUCUCGUUGGCAAGUACACCAAACUAAGUGACUGCUAUGCAUCUGUUUUCAAGGCCUUGGAACACUCAGCACUGGCGAUUAAUCACAAACUGGAUUUAAUGUACAUAGACUCGAUAGAUCUUGAACGUUCUACUGAAGUUGAGAACCCAGUGAAAUAUCACCAGGCCUGGCAAAAGCUGUGCAAAGCAGAUGGCAUUCUGGUCCCAGGAGGAUUUGGAAUUAGGGGAACAGAAGGCAAACUCCAAGCUAUCUCCUGGGCAAGGACAAAGAAAAAACCUUUUCUGGGAGUUUGCUUAGGAAUGCAAUUAGCAGUUGUGGAGUUUGCAAGGAACUGUUUAAACUGGAAAGAUGCAAAUUCUACAGAAUUUGACCCUGACACAAAAAACCCUGUUGUCAUUGACAUGCCAGAACACAAUCCUGGAGAUAUGGGUGGAACUAUGAGACUGGGAAAGAGGAGGACUGUUUUUAAAACACAAAAUUCUGUUUUAAGGAAACUUUAUGGCAACGAAAUGUUUGUAGAGGAACGACACAGGCAUCGAUAUGAGGUGAACCCAGAAUUGAUUUGCAGCUUUGAAGAGAAAGGUUUGAAAUUUGUUGGCCAUGAUAUGGAGGGGAACAGAAUGGAAAUUAUUGAACUGGAAAAUCAUCCGUAUUUUGUGGGAGUUCAGUUCCACCCAGAGUUUUCCUCAAGGCCUAUGAAACCUUCACCUCCAUACCUGGGACUGUUGCUUGCAGCAACUGGGACACUCAGUGCAUACUUGCAACGUGGAUGUAAAUUGUCUCCAAGAAAGAAUGACAGCUACAGUGACCUCAGUGAUGACAGUUCUCCAGAAAAAGAGUUUCCUAAUUCAAGAACAAGCUAAAAUGAUUGUAUGAGACCACAGAAAUGGAUGAUGCUAUUGAGAAAGUUGAAGCAGGACAAUAUUCUACAUAAGAAA